ACGCAGUUGACCUUUCAAACAUUUCACACCGAAGGAAAAAUUAAUACAAAAAAAACUCCCCCAACCAAAAAUUCAUUUAUUGAAUCCAAAAGCUCUCUCUUUCUCCCCCCCCCCCCCCGGUCUCCGGACUGUUCACUGCCACUCCCUCUGUUCUGUUCUAAAACCUUGGAAUCUUGCAACUUUCCUCUUUUUAAUCGACCCCGAGAUAUAGGGAAAUGGCGUUGUCUGUGCACAGGAGUUUAUGGGACGACGUCGUUGAGCUCACAAAGACGGCGCAAGAUAAGGUCAGCGAUCCUCUGUUCUGGGCCGUUCAGAUAUCCGCUGCUCUCAACUCGGCCGGAGUCGCCGUCCCUUCGCCGGAGCUCGCGGAGGUUCUGGUGUCGUACAUUUGCUGGGAUAAUAACGUGCCCGUACUCUGGAAGUUUUUAGAGAAGGCUCUCACGCUGAAGAUUGUGCCUCCGUUGCUUGUUCUUGCUCUUCUCUCUGAUAGAGUCAUUACGUGUAGACGAGUUCGUCCGGGAGCAUAUAGGCUUUAUAUGGAACUCCUCAAGCGACACGUUUUUACAUUUAAAUGUCAUAUAAAUGGACCAAAUUAUCAAAAAAUCAUGAUAUCAAUAGAUGCUGCUCUUCGUCUUUCAGAGACUUUUGGCCUGCAAGCAAGUGAACCUGGGAUUCUUGUGGUUGAGUUUAUCUUUUCAAUUGUAUGGCAGCUACUAGAAGCAUCACUUGACGAUGAGGGUUUACUGGAACUUACCCCAGAAAGGAAGCCCAGAUGGGGAACUAAAUGUCAAGAAAUGGAAAUAGAUGGUCAUGAAAUUUAUGAUGAUAAGAGGAUUGAGCAUCAUGAGAAAUUGCAGAAGAUGAAUUCUGUCAUGGCCAUUGAGAUAAUUGGACAACUUUUGGAAAAUAAAGUAACUUCCAGAAUUCUUUACUUGGCGCACCAAAACUUGCCUACUCAUUGGGCAGGCUUUAUCCAGAGAAUAGAGAUACUUGCGGCAAAUUCGACACUACUGAAAAAUACAAAAGUUCUGACCCCUGAAGUUCUCUUGCAAUUGACAUCAGACCCCUGCAUUUUGUUGUCCAGAGAACGUAAAACAACUGUGCCAAAAAAAUGCCAUGUGGUUAUGGGUUUGGGUCAUGGGGCUAGUCGUUCUGCACCUUGGCUUCCCCUUGAUCUGGUACUGGAAGAUGUUAUGGAUGGCUAUCAAGUAAAUGCAACAAGUGCCAUUGAGAUUUUAACCGGUUUGACAAAAACCCUUCAAGCAGUAAAUGGUACCACUUGGCACGAUACAUUUUUGGGUCUUUGGUUUGCAGCUCUCCGUUUUGUUCAAAGGGUUAGACUCCUUCUGCUGAUCUGGGAUUUUCUUCUCAGAUAUAUAUUAAUUCUUGGUUCUUUUAUAAGUACUCUAUCAUCAUCCUCUGAUGUUAGUUGCGUCACCUUGUUUUCAGCUGGAAACAUGCGUCAUCUCAUAGUUGAAGCCUGUGUUGCCAGAAAUUUACUGGACACGUCGGCAUAUUUCUGGCCAGGGUAUGUAAAUGGACGAAUCAACCAAAUGCCUCAUGGUCUGCCAACUCAGGUGCCUGGUUGGUCAUCAUUCAUGAAGGGGGCUCUACUUACUCCAGUGAUGGUUAAUGCUUUAGUUUCAAGUCCUGCUUCGAGCUUAGCAGAGCUCGAGAAAAUCUUUGAGAUUGCAGUCAAAGGAUCAGAUGACGAGAAGAUAUCUGCUGCUACAAUUCUUUGUGGGGCCUCUCUGAUACGGGGUUGGAAUAUACAGGAGCAUACUAUUCACUUCAUUACUCGGUUAUUAUCUCCACCAAUUCCUGAAGAUUAUAAAGAGGUUGACAGUCAUUUGAUAGGUUAUGCCCCAGUGCUGAAUGUUCUAAUCAUUGGGAUAGCAUCUGUUGAUUCUGUUCAGAUUAUUUCGCUACAUGGCUUGGUCCCACAACUUGCAUGUUCAUUGAUGCCAAUCUGUGAGGUUUUCGGUUCAUGUGUUCCCAAUAUCUCUUGGACUCUCCCCACCGGGGGAGAAAUCUCCGCUCAUGCUGUGUUUUCGAAUGCUUUUGCUCUUCUUUUAAAGCUAUGGAGAUUCAACCAUCCUCCUAUUGAACAUGGAGUAGGAGAUGUACCCACAGUUGGAUCCCAACUAACUCCUGAGUACCUCCUAUUGUUACGUAACUCUCAUCUGGUGUCUUCUGAAAACUCGCUCAAAUAUCAAAGCGAAAGAAGACUUUCAGAAGUUAUAAGUCCAUCAUCCUCAAAGCCUAUAUUUGUGGAUUCAUUUCCAAAACUAAAAGUCUGGUAUCGACAACAUCAAAGAUGUAUUGCUUCAACCCUCUCUGGUCUGGUUCAUGGCACUCCUGUCCACUCCACUGUAGAUGUGCUUCUUAGUAUGAUCUUCAGAAAGAUAAAUAGAGGAAGCCAUUCUCUAACUCCUGUUACAUCUGGAAGUAGUAGUUCAUCUGGACCUGGGAGUGAAGAUAUCUCUACGAGACCUAAAUUACCUGCCUGGGAUAUUCUGGAAGCUGUUCCUUUUGUGGUUGAUGCUGCUUUAACAGCCUGUGCUCAUGGAAGGCUCUCUCCCCGUGAGCUGGCUACAGGUAUAAAGCAAAACCUAAAUGAUUUCCUUGUUUUAAAGAUGAAAAAAAAUUAAAUCUUAAAAUAUUUGCAACCAAAUCUUUACUUUGGUUAUGCCUGUGGUAAGAAGAAAGAACAUCUGUACUUCCAGGGCAUGUUUCUAUAGCCUGACCAAUGUGUUCUGCUAACAGGGGGGAGCUGUCCAGCUACACUUCCACUACCCUUAGCUGCCUUUGUAAGUCUCACCAUAACCUAUAAGAUUGACAAGGCGUCAGAACGGUUUCUCAAUUUGGCUGGCCCAGCUUUGGAGACCCUUGCUGCGGGCUGUCCGUGGCCAUGCAUGCCCAUUGUAGCUUCAUUAUGGACCCAGAAGGCAAAACGAUGGUUUGACUUUCUUGUUUUCUCUGCAUCUCGCACUGUCUUCCUUCACAACAGGGAUGCAGUGGUUCAGCUUCUUAAAAGUUGCUUCGCUGCCACUCUUGGCUUGAACGCCGCACCCAUAUCAAGUAAUGGUGGUGUUGGAUCUCUUCUUGGCCAUGGAUUUGGAUCCCAUUUCUAUGGUGGGAUGUCCCCAGUUGCACCAGGGAUUCUCUAUCUACGUAUGUAUCGGUCUAUGAGGGAUAUUGUGUUCAUAACAGAAGAAAUUGUGUCCCUCUUAAUGCAUUCUGUAAGAGAAGUAGCCUAUAAUGGGCUUCCAAGAGAAAAAAGGGAGAAAUUGAAGACAACAAAGAAUGGAUUGAAAUAUGGACAAAUUUCACUGGCUGCAUCAAUGACUCAAAUAAAACUUGCAGCUUCUCUUGGGGCUUCUUUACUUUGGUUAUCUGGUGGUCUAGGUCUGGUUCAACUGUUGAUGAAAGAAACUUUGCCUUCUUGGUUCCUCUCUGUUCACAAGUCAGAGCAGCAAGGAUCAGAGGGGCUGGUUGCGAUGCUGCAAGGAUAUGCACUUGCAAAUUUUGCUCUGCUUUGUGGAGCAUUUGCUUGGGGUGUCGACUCAACUUCAUCAGCAUCAAAGCGACGGCCUAAAAUCCUUGGGGUCCACAUGGAAUUCCUCGCAAGCUCACUUGACGGGAAUAUAUCACUUGGUUGUGACUGGGCCACUUGGCGUGCCUAUGUCUCAGAGUUUGUGAGUCUGAUGGUCAAUUGUACACCUAGUUGGGUGGUGGAGAUAGAUGUAGAUGUGUUGAAAAGACUGAGCAACGGGUUAAGGCAGUGGAAUGAAGAGGAGCUUGCUCUCGCUUUGUUGGGGGUUGGUGGAGUUGGUGCAAUGGGUGGAGCUGCUGAACUGAUUAUUGAUAUGGACUCAUGAGUGACAUUUUCAUCUUCUUGUUUCUUGUGUAUUUAUAGAAUAGUAGAUGUAAACUGAUUUUCUGAUGACGAUAGUGCAACAGCUUUAUCUCUUUUUGCAUCCCUUUAUGGGGAUGGAAUAUCUUGUAUCUGGGAAAUGAGAUAUAUUGUACAGAAUGGAAGAAUUUUUGUAAUGUAGUGAUAGUUAGCAGAAUUACAGCAAAAAAUUUUUAAUAGCAUCUGCUGUAAAGUUUGGUUGCCA